CUUUGUCCAUUCUGUACUUGUUUCUUGUUCGUUUCUUGUUCAUUCUCUGCUCUCUCUUGGCCACAGAUUGUGUUUUUUCAACUCCUUGACCCAUUAAAUCCUUCAAGUCUCUAUAUUUUUCUGUUUUUCUGUGAACUAUGGAAGGUGAGUGCAAAACCCAUCUUGCCAAUGUUUUGAUCUCUUCAUAUCUUGCACCAAAUGAAGACAAAUUUGUAGAGAAGAAUCCUCCUGUGAAGUUUGAACAGCCGCAGCUUCCAUCUGCUGUCUGUUCAAAUCAGAAGGCUCUAUGUGUUAAAAAGACAGCCAGUGCAGAAGCGGAGAUUGGAGUAUUCAGAGCUGAAAGGUACUAUGGCAUGAAACCGGAAGAUGACAAAGCAAGAGCUGUUGAGAAUUGUGGUGGCAACCAGGCAAAGAAGAAAGAACAACGAGCUGAUGUGCAGUAUAGGAGACAAAAGAGUAGAUCAGGAACUCCAAGUGUGAGUUCUGAAUCAAGUUGGAACAGUCAAGCUGCUUUAUUUCCAAGUUUCUUGAGGAAUUCAUCUCAGAACAUCCAAAAUAAGACCAAAGGAAGAAGUCUGUUGGUCAACCUUAGCUGCAACAGGUCUUGUGCUGAUAAAAAAUCUAUCCUUGUUCAGAGGAAUUUGUAUGAGCAAAAAGGUUCGCAAGCUUCAAGAAAUGAACAAAUUCAUGUCAUCAUGGAUGGAAGAAAGAAGUUUCAAGCAGCUACUUUGGUGAAACACAGACCAAAAAGUUCAAUUUCUGGUGGCUCAACCAAAGAAGAAGAGAUGGAGUUUCCAAUUUCAAGCUCUCAGUUACAAACUUUUGCAAAAAUGAAAGAUGAAGAUCCAAGAAAAUCCAUUGAAGUAUUUGGCUCAAACAAGUUGGAUAAGAAAGAGUUAAUGGCUAAGAAUCGAGAGAGGAAGCUGUCUGUUCUAAAAUGGGAUGCCAUCCCAAAAGCUAAGGCCACUCAAACUGCUCCAAGAACUGAUCAAAUGACUGAAGAUACCGGAAGCGAUGCAAGUUCCGAUCUGUUCGAGAUCGAAAACAUAUCUGGAACCCAUGGAAGGUCAUUCACAAGGCAAACUUCAGAUCUUAUAUCAAGCUCCAUGACAGCUUAUGAGCCAAGUGAAGCUAGCAUUGAAUGGAGUGCAGUCACUGCCAGUGCAGCUGAUUUCUCAUCUGUUGCAGACUAUGAUGGAAAGGAAGCCACAGCUAAUAAGCCUAAAACCACAAUAGUCAAGGAUUUGCAAAAAGGUCACCCUGGUGGACUGUUAGGAUGUAAAAGUGACAAGUCUGUCAGUAUAGCUCAAACUACAUACAGAAACAUCGAGAAGCUUAAAGCAACAGGUUGAGCUGAGAUUAAUAUGAAAGCUUAUGAUUUCCCUAUCAAAGUUAUGUUAAAUAGCAUUAUUAUGUCUCUAAAUGUGCAUCAAAUAAUGAAGUUUCCAUUAAACACCUGUACUGAUAAGCACAUUUUGUUCUUCCAUGUUUGGUUUUUUAGUUCUAAACUGAGAGAUGCUUUUCAAAUACAACCAUAGCCUUUUAAGGUGGCCAUAUAGCUUCA